GUGAGCAACCCGAUCAAACCAUAUCCUGCUCCAUCCCCAUACGCAAUAGUACUGACACAGCAUGUCAUUUGCAGAAGAAGCCAAGUCGGACGUGCCGACCCUCCCCGGCACACACUCGGGCAUACCCGUCUACCUGCUCGAAAAGGCGCGCAAGGCAAAGGAAGGCAUCUUUGAAGGGCGGACAAAACCGCUGAAUGACAGACAACGACUGCCAGUGGUGCCGCAGGGUAUCGAGAGAGAUGACUUUCUCAGAGCGCUAGCGGAGCUGAAGAGCGAGUUGGGCGACGAGCAUGUCGAGGUCAAUGACAAGCCGCUCAGAGAUGGAUGGUACAUGGAACACCCGAACACCCACGACUCCAUGACAAUCCUCGACGAGGAGGAAUUCGUCGCCUCCGCCAUCGUCUACCCCGGCAGUACCGAAGAAGUGCAGCAGAUCGUGCACUGGGCAAACAAGCACCGCAUCCCCAUAUUCCCCAUCUCCAUGGGGCGAAACCUGGGAUACGGCGGCGCAGCCCCCCGCGUCCGGGGCUCCUUGACCGUCGACCUGGGCAAGCGCAUGAACAAGAUCCUCGACAUCAACCCGGAGGACUACACCUGUCUGGUCGAGCCGGGCGUGUCCUUCUAUGCACUGUACGAGGCGCUCAAGGAAAGGGGUCUGGAAGAACACAUGUGGAUCGAUACGCCCGACCUCGGCGGGGGGUCGGUGAUUGGGAACACGGUGGAUCGCGGCGUCGGAUACACGCCCUAUGGUGAUCACUGGGCCAUGCACAGCGGUCUGGAGGUCGUCUUGCCCACUGGGGAGGUCAUCCGCACCGGCAUGGGUGCGCUACCGGGAAAUAAUACGUGGCAGGCCUUUCCUUAUGGGUUUGGGCCGUACUCGGAUGGCAUCUUUUCGCAGAGCAAUUAUGGGAUUGUCACAAAGAUGGGCAUGACUUUGAUGCCCAACCCUGGCGGUUAUGAGGCCUUUAUGUAUACGUUCGCAAAGGACGAAGACCUGGAGCAGCUGAUGGAGAUCAUCCGCCCGCUCCGCAUCUCCAACAUCCUCGAGAACGUCGCCCAAGUCCGCCACGUCACCCAAUCCCUCGCCGCCCUCGGCCAGCCGCGCACACAGUUCUACCAGGGCACCGGGCCCGUCCCACAAGAGAUCAUCCACGCCGCGGCAGCCAAGACGCCCGUCGGCGACCACAGCUGGGCCUACUACGGGAUGGCCUACGGCCCGCCGCACAUCCGCGCGCACAAGCUAGCCCUGAUAGACACGGAAUUCAAGCGCAUCCCGGGUGCGAAGCGCAUCGACCCGGCCACGCUGCCGGCGGACGAGUACUUCUGGGCGCGCGAGCGGGUGGCGCGGGGGGUGCCCGACAUCCACGAGCUGCGCUGGGUCAACUGGGCACCCAACGGCGCCCACAUCGCCUUCAGCCCCGUGUCCCCGAUUCGCGGGCGCGACGCGAUGCGGCUGUUUGCGCUGGGCAAGCGCGCGCACGAGCAGCAUGGCAUCGACUUCUUCCCGGCCUUCUGCGUCGGGCUCCGGGAGAUGCAUCUCAUCGUUGAGAUUGUCUUUGAUAGGGCUAGUGUGGAGGAAAAAGAGCGCGCGCUGGGGUGCUUGAGGGAUCUGGUUGACGAGGCGGCACGUAUGGGGUAUGGGGAGUACAGGACGCAUCUAGUGCUUAUGGACCAGGUGGCGGGCACGUAUAGCUGGAAUGAUGGUGCGCUGAUGAAGUUCAAUGAGCGGCUGAAGGACGCGCUGGAUCCGAAUGGCAUUCUGGCACCGGGGCGGUGUGGUAUCUGGCCGAAGAGGUAUCGGGGACGAGGGUGGGAGAUGACUAGGGAGAGUGGCGGCAGGUCGGAGGGGGAUGGUGUUGAGUCUGUGUGAGGAUGCAUGGUCUUUCCAGCUGUCUUUGUUUAGAUAUGGGUGUUUACAAAACAAAGGCAAAUGAGCAUUCGGAGUUGUUCUUAGUUAUGUUACCUACUAUGAUGUUGUG